GUGUAUGUAGAUUUAUUUAAUUUCUUUCCAGCUGUAGGCUACAUCGGAGCAUUCCCACCAUGGCCGCUGCACCCUGAGGGGAAGAUGGAUUUGGAUCUGGAUUUUGGAGAGGUGGUGGAUGAGAACGGGUCGAACUGUUUGUCCCGGAAUGAGAGCGACCGCGGGAUGAGCGCUUCUUCCACCGGGGUGUCCACUGCACUGGCCAGCGUGCUGAUCUUCACCAUCGUAGUAGACAUCCUGGGCAAUGUCCUGGUCAUCCUGUCCGUGUACAUGAACAAAAAGCUCAGGAAUGCAGGCAACAUCUUCGUGGUGAGUUUGUCCAUAGCAGACCUGGUGGUGGCCUUGUACCCCUACCCUCUGGUCCUGACAGCCAUCUUCCAUGAUGACUGGACCAUGGGUGACCUGCACUGCCAGGCAAGCGGCUUCAUCAUGGGCCUGAGCGUCAUCGGCUCCAUCUUCAACAUUACGGCCAUCGCCAUUAACCGGUACUGCUACAUCUGCCACAGCCUCCACUACGACCGGUUGUACAGUCUGAGGAACACCUGCUGCUACGUGGGCCUCACCUGGCUCUUGACCGCACUCGCCACAGUGCCCAACUUCUUUGUUGGCUCGCUGCAGUACGACCCACGUAUCUACUCCUGCACCUUCGCCCAGACGGUCAGCUCAUACUACACCAUCUCAGUGGUGGUCAUUCACUUUCUGAUCCCCCUGCUGGUGGUGUCCUACUGCUACAUGAGGAUAUGGGUGCUGGUGAUUCAAGUGAAACAUCGAGUUAAACCGGAGCAAAGGACCAAACCCAGUGAUGUGAGGAACUUCCUGACUAUGUUUAUGGUGUUUGUGUUGUUUGCAGUGUGCUGGGCUCCACUGAACCUCAUAGGUCUGGCAGUAGCUAUAAACCCAGUGAAAGUUGCACCCAACAUACCUGAGUGGCUCUUUGUCAUGAGCUACUUCAUGGCGUACUUCAACAGCUGCCUCAACGCCGUCAUAUAUGGCCUGCUAAACCAAAACUUCCGCAAAGAAUACAAGACAAUUCUUCUUGCUCUUUGCUUCCCACGUUUGCUCCUCGUGGAGACCUCCAGGUGUGCCACAGAGGGACUGAAGAGUAAGCCUACGCCAGCUUUUACAAACAAUAAUGUAGCAGAGAAAAAUGUAUAAUCUUGAAGUUUUACUGGGAAACUUCGAUUAAGUUUCUGCGGAGCCUCAUUGUGGAUGUGUGCCAUAUUUCAUCCAGUGCCUUUCAUAAGAUUUGUGUGAUUUUUCUAGUUGUAAAGAUUUCAUUUUCCUUUUCGAACAUGACACACCAUUCCCUCGUGUUAAGAGGAAAACAUUUGAUCACCACUACAUUGUGCUCUCUUUGUGAUCCUGCACUCUAUUUAAAGACAGACCACCUGUUUAACAAGCAAGAAAUUGUCUGUAUUUCAGUCACUUCACACUGGAUAGCUUGUUAUUUGUUAUCUUAAAUGCAGCAUUAAUGGUGGAAGAUUCUAACGGUUGGUUGUUUUCCUUCAAAGUACCCCUGUAUCUGACACACUGUAGCUUCUGUGAAAGCUAAGGUGAAGUUCGCAUUCCGUAUUUCAUCCUGAGUGCGUAUGAAUAUCUCAGGCUCCUCCUCACUGGGAAUGUAGCCUGUAUUAAUUCACCAUGAUGCUGGUUCACCCUCAGGCUUGUCUUCUGAGCGAUGAUGCCCUCAUAAAAAAAAACAGUGUGAAGAAAUGUCUGAAACGGACUUUGUGUGUUAAUGGAAGAAUAUGUGCCUUGUUGCCUGUAAAGUUUUAUUCUCUCUCAGUUUCAGUCAUUUUUUUCUGGUAAACAAAACUGUCUUUUAACUGCCUCAACUAUUGCAUGGAUCAAUUUAUCGGACUAAAAUGAUCA